AUGACUGCAGACCGGUCUAGUAAGGUUGUAGACGUGGCUAGAGAUAUAAAGAAGUUCGGAAAGCAGAUUCAGCGCAGGCAGCUUGAUCUCCCCGAAUACGCUGCCAGCUUCGUCAAUUACAAGGCAUUGAAGAAGCUCAUCAAACAACUCAGUGCCACGCCUAAUAUUCCUGCUCAGAGGACCGCGGAAGAAAUCGCCCAAGAUGGUGCCUUGGAUCCUCAAGCCGCACUGCGCGCGAACAAGGAGGUCUUCUUCUUUCGACUGGAGCGGGAAAUUGAGAAAGUGAAUGCUUUCUAUCUCCAGAAGGAGUCGGAGUUCUCGCUGCGGCUGAAAACGCUGGUCGACAAGAAGCGCGUAGUUCAGUCUCGGACCAUCUCGAAUUCCAAGACCCCGUCGAACUUCGUGUCGUUAUUUGACGGCUUCCAGCAAUUUGACGGUGACCUCAAUAAAUUGCAGCAAUUCGUCGAAAUCAAUGAAACGGCCAUGUCUAAAAUCCUGAAGAAAUGGGAUAAAACGUCCAAGUCCCGGAUGAAAGAGCUCUAUUUACAUCGCGCAGUCGAGGUUCAACCGUGUUUCAACCGCGAAGUACUCCGUGAUUUAUCCGACCGAGCAACAACGGCUCGGUUAGAGUUGGAGGCAUGGGCAGAGGGCGAAAACCUACAAUUUGACACGUCGCGGCCAUUGGAACGCGCGGCAGCACCUGGCUUCGGUACGGAUGAGGAAGAGCUGGAUCUUCAGAUCUUGCAGUCCGCUUCCGCGGGCAACCUACAGACCCUGCGUGAAUGGGUGGCGAGGCUCCAUUCCUUUGCAGAUGCCCGCGAUCGAGCAACACGAACAUUCCUGACCGCCAUCAACGAGUUCUCCGAUGACGUUCUAGCACUUCUGCUUGAAAGUGGCUUGGUUGAUAUUCAUGCAGAAGAUGAUAUCAAUGAACGAAAUUGUCUCCAUGAAGCUGCUAUCUCUGGCCGUGAUUUUGUCUUCAAGGCUGGUCUCGCGGCAGCCGUGGAUAUCUCCCGGUCCGAUGUCUAUGGUCGGAUACCUCUGCACUACGCCUGUAUGCACGGCCGGGUAGCUAUGGUGAAGGAUCUAUUGACCGUAGGCCCGCAGACGGUCGAUGUGAUGGACCAUGACAACUUCACUCCCUUGAUUCACAGCAUUGUCAGGGGUCAACUCGCAUGUGCCGAACAGGUACUGUGCAGCAAUGCGCGCAUUGAUCCGACAUCAGACUCAGACCACAUUCCGUUGAAUCUCGCCUGUCAACAUGGAUCCCUUCCAAUAGUGAAAAUGCUUCUCGAGCGAAAAGCAAGAUUACUGCCCGAUGCCGAGGGCCUUUACCCUCAGCAUAUGGUGGCGCGAGCAUCGCAGUCGCCGGAACUGUUAUUGCUGCUGAAGCAGCACGGUGCCGAUCUAGACCAGAGAGACAAGCUUUAUCAGUGGACACCACUGUUUCAUGCGGCAAGCGAAGGCUGUGUACCGUGUCUACGAACCCUCCUUGAGCUGGGCGUCGACGCGAAGGUUGCAGACGAAAAGGGCCUCUCUGCCAUGUACUAUGCAGCGUGGGAAGGGCAUCUGGAAUGCAUGCUUCUUCUCUGGACCCAGCCCUCCAAUGAUCGGCCCGCGCAGCGGCCGCUCGAUGUCUUGAAUGGCAUGCAAUUCCAGCAACCUGACUUGAUGGACGAAGAGUCCACGAGGCGAGCUAGUUUUACCGAGAUGGAUACCGCCGAUGGCAUCCCGGAUCUUUCUCUACCCCCGCCUAUCAUUCCGCUGCGACGCUACGGCCACAACUUCCUCGACAAGAAGGUUUUCAUUCAACUCUUGUUCGACCAAGGAAACUUGGGCUCAAUCGCCUUCGAUCAGGCUGGACGCCACCCUGCCGCCCGGCUCACCAUCUCUUCGAAGCUGUCGGACUUGAUUCCCCGCACAAUUGUACUGCCAAUCCAGGACGACUCUCGGACAAUAUCGUUCCAUGUUGAUAAUCUGGAUACUUUUGCCGUGGAUUUUGAGAUCUUCCCAACGUUCGGCUCUAAAGUGAUCGCGAAGAGCGUGGCUUUACCCGUAAUCUUCCGUGCCGAAAGAUCCAGCACAGGGUUAUGCUGCUUACCUCUCUUUGACCCUCGCCUUCGGGCUAUUGGCCAACUUCGCUUCAACUUCCAGGUCAUCAAACCGUAUCAUGGUGACCCAUUGGAAAUCACACAUUUCGCGACCUACUGGAAAGCUACGAGUGCUCUUGACUCGGAGCACAAUGGCCUGGUCACCGGCUCCAGCUUGUCAGGCGAUUAUGUCCAACUCUUCGUGCAGCUGACACGAGAUCGCGUGCCAGUGCUUUACCCUCAGUUUAUGAUCAACUACCAUGGUAUUGAUAUCCCCGUCUGCCAAUUGUCAUAUGCCCAGUUCCAGACAAUUGGCGCGGGACGAUGCGCCAACCGGGAAGAGAUUCUGCAAUUCCUGAAGACACAAGCAGUCAACGAUAUGCCGCAGACCCAUCGACUUCUGGCGGAAUCGUUCAUGUCUUUACGGGAGGUCCUACGACAAAUCCCUAUCGACCUCAAUGUCAAUCUGUCGAUUCUCUACCCAUCCGGUGCCGAGGAGAGAGCCCUUGACAUGACUUCGUUGGCCGACGUCAACAGCUUCGCCGACGCCAUUUUGACUGAUGUAUUUGACCAUGCCCGUGUUGCUCGCGUAAAGAACCCGGACUUUAUGAGGUCGGUUGUCUUCACAUCUUAUAACGCCAAUAUUUGCUCCGCCUUGAACUGGAAGCAACCCAACUACCCGGUUCUUCUCUGCAAUGAUCUGGGGCAGAUUCGGGAUCUUGCUCGCAACGUUGACUCCCUCCCUCAUGUGAACAGCAGUGGCAGGGCAUCAAUGUCGAUCAAGGAGUCUGCACGGAUCGCCCAGAGUAAUAACUUCAUGGGCAUGAUUUGCCGGUCGAGUCUCCUCAACGUUGUGCCUGCACUCGUGGAGACCAUCAAAGAACUUGGCCUUGUCUUGGUGGCAGACACAUCGGACGAAUCCGGUCAGCAGCCCGACCACGGCAAUGCCCUGUCCGCCGCCACCAUGGGCGUGGCCGAUUGGGCAUAUCGGAUGCCCGACGGCGUUAACGGCGUGAUGAAAGCCAAUGGCGUGCUGAGAUUCAACGAUAUGAUCGACAUGUGA